GUGAUCGCGUGGGGAGGUGCCGUGAGCUGGUUGCGGCUGCGCAGAACCGGGGCCAUGGGGAAGAAGAAAGGUGGUGGGAGCCUGGGCAGAGCCAUCAUUAAAGACAAGAAUCAGUCCGGCAGGAAACUGCGGAAAGCUGACUGUUGGCUUCACACAAGCGAACUGAAUGAUGGAUAUAACUGGGGUCGGCUUAACCUACAAUCUGUAACAGAACAAAGCACUUUAGAUGAAUUCCUGGCAACUGCAGAAUUGGCAGGCACAGAGUUUGUAGCUGAGAAGCUGAAUGUCAAGAUUAUUUCUGCUGAAGACAGAAGUGGUUUGCUAACAACUGAGGAAAGCAAAAAGAUUAAGAAGCUCCAAGAAGAGAACAAGCAGUUUCUAUGCAUCCCCAGAAGACCUUAUUGGGAUGAGAAUACAGCAGCUGAAGAACUGCAACAGGCAGAAAGGGAAAGCUUCCUGGAAUGGAGACGACAGCUGGCUCAGCUGGAAGAAGACCGGAACCUGAUCCUGACUCCAUUUGAAAGGAAUUUGGACUUUUGGCGUCAACUAUGGAGAGUGAUUGAAAGAAGUGAUAUCAUUGUUCAGAUUGUUGAUGCUAGAAACCCACUCCUUUUCCGGUGUGAAGACUUGGAGUGCUAUGUGAAGGAGGUCCAGAAGGAUAAAGACAACAUGAUCCUGCUGAAUAAAGCUGAUCUCUUGACACGUGAGCAGCGAAGAGCCUGGGCAAGGUAUUUUGAUAAAGAAGGUGUGCAGGUCGUUUUCUGGUCAGCCACUGCAGAAGGGGAAAGGUUAGAUGCUGAAGCAAAGGGGGAAGAACCAGAGAAAGAAAGAAGUGAAGAGAGUGAAGGUGAAACUGAAGGCUCAAGAGAACCUUGCAGCCAGUUUGAUCCUCGAGAAGGCUUGUGGCCUACUUUUGACACAGAUGUAGAUGACUCUACUGAAUAUGAAGAUUGUGAAGAUGAUGAAUUUUGGGAAACUUGUUCAGAAGAUGAGAAGACAAAUAAUAUAAGCCAGUCUGAUAAUGGGAGUUUGACUGGCCUUGCUAAUUUAAAUCUUACCUCCACUGAUGGCUAUGUGGACUACAGCAGUGAUAAUGAUAGGACUGCAUGUGCUUCAACCUCCAAUACAACACAGUUUACAAAAAAAUGCAUCAGGAACCCGAGCCAUCUGAUGCAGCGAAAUGAACUUUUGGAGAUUUUUAAAACUUUGCACAAAGGAAAUCGUGUAAAGGAUGAUGAAAUCACAGUGGGAUUAGUGGGCUAUCCAAAUGUAGGCAAAAGUUCAACAAUCAAUACUAUUCUUCAAAAUAAAAAAGUUUCUGUAUCUGCAACUCCAGGUCAUACAAAACACUUCCAGACAUUAUAUGUAGAGCCAGGUUUAUGCUUGUGUGACUGUCCGGGCCUUGUGAUGCCAUCUUUUGUCUCUACCAAAGCAGAAAUGGUCUGUAGUGGAAUUUUGCCCAUAGACCAGAUGAGAGACCAUGUGCCACCAGUUUCUUUAGUCUGCCAGCAUAUUCCAAGGCACGUUUUGGAAGCCAUAUAUGGAAUUAAUAUCAUCCGACCCAGAGAGGAUGAAGAUCCAGAUAGACAACCUACUUCUGAGGAAUUAUUAACUGCCUAUGGAUACAUGAGAGGUUUUAUGACUGCACAUGGACAACCAGAUCAACCUAGGACAGCUCGAUAUAUUUUGAAGGAUUAUGUAACAGGCAAGCUAUUAUACUGCCAUUCUCCACCUGGCAUUGAUCCUGCUCAUUUCCAAUUCCAGCAUGCUAACUUUGAAGAAUGUGCUGUUUCAGGUGACAAGAAUGGUUCACGGCUCAAAGAGAAGCAACAUAAAGUGAAACGAAUUGAAAAUUAUGUGGACAAAAGCUUCUUUCAUCAGGAGAAUAUACGUGCCUUGACAAAAGGAGUUCAAACAGCAAUGGGAUUAAAGCUUGGCAUUAACCCAAUCCCGAUGACUGGAACCAGCGUGGAAAAUGUGGCAGGGAAAGCAUGGAAAAAGCAUGGCAACAGGAAAAAGAAGGAAAAAUUACGGAAACUUUGUAAACACCUGGAUGGGUGAACUUCACUUGCUAUCAUCGGGAUAUGGGCAGUUGCCCUAAUUAACGGAAUAUAAUAUGGGCAGUAGGUAAUGGGAAUAUAUGCAGCAGGUCAUGAGAAAUAGUAAUGAAUGUGUUAUGCAAUACAUGCUGAGCAAAUGAAAUGGCAAUCUUAUGAAAUGUUUGAAGUAAUUCAUUGUGAUUCAUUUGGGAUUUCCAGUUCAUUUUGUAUGCAGAAUUUGUUACAAUAUAAUUUUUUAACCUUUUCCAUGGAUGUGAAUAAAUGAUUUUCCUGUUGAAAUACUGCAGUAAAAGAAUACAAAAUAAA